GUUGCCGUUGCGCGCAUUAGCCGCGUGCAGCGUGCAUAACACUCGUGUCCCGAGCUUGUUUCCUGCGAUUACAAGCGAGGAAGAGGAGGGACGGCAGGUGACAAAGGGCGCCUCAGUGCAGCUUGCCCAGCUGACAGUCCCAAGACGUCGCCUUCUGACAGAGAAGAGGAGGGCUGCCGUGGCAAAACGGCGCCAUAAAUACCAGAUGGCCGGCGCGCGAGCAGCCCUGCAUCAGGCGCAACCCUGACGCCGCGGGCGAGCCGUCCACUCCACUCCUUUGCGCAAGGCGCGCCGCAGCUCAGCUCCGCAGCAAAGCAGCCCUCCUCUGGAUCCUGCUGCCCUUCCACCUCUGCAAAAGGUGGGGACCCAAAGUCUCCUGCAGAAACCUCCGCUCCCAGCGUCGUCGGGGACCCUCUCCAGACACCCUUAGAGCUCCCCUUGGGCAUGCACCAGCGCGCUGCCCUUGCAAACUCCGCCGCCGCAGCUUUGCCAGGCACUUUGGCGCAGCAUUAGAAAAUCUCCGUCGUAAAUUUCCCCGUCGGCUGUGCCGUCGGUUGCGCCCCUGCGCUCCUCCUCCGAAGCGCGUCGCACGUGCUGCGCCAUGGAGUGCCCGCGGCUGGAGGCGCAGUGCUACCCAAACGGGGACUGCCACCCCGGACGCCUCCUUGGAGGGUUGAGCGAGCUGGCGGCUGGCGGCGGCGGCGGCAGCAAUCCCUGCGAGAUUUGGAGGCCGGCGGCGAAGCUCCCGCGCCCGCCGUCGGACAAAGGCAGCCGGGCCAGGGAAGGAGAGGAGCGGGAAGAGAGGGACGGGCUGCCUGCCCUGGAGGUCGCGUACGCCACCAUCCUGGAGGGCCUGGGCGAGGACCCGACCCGAGAAGGACUGCUGCUCACGCCCCGUCGGGCCGCUAAGGCCAUGCAGUUCCUCACCAAGGGCUACCGCGAAACCGUCGGAGAGAUACUCAACGAUGCAGUUUUCGACGAGGACCACGACGAGAUGGUGAUCGUGAAGGACAUUGAUAUGUUUUCCCUCUGUGAACAUCACUUGGUACCUUUCUUCGGCAAGGUGCACAUUGGAUACUUACCGAAGAAGAAAGUGGUUGGAUUAAGCAAACUUGCAAGAAUCGUUGAAAUAUUCAGCCGAAGGCUUCAAGUCCAGGAGCGACUUACCAAGCAGAUUGCCCUGGCAAUUACUGAAGCCCUGAAGCCUGUUGGAGUGGCUGUGGUCAUUGAAGCAUCGCACAUGUGCAUGAUCAUGAGGGGAGUUCAGAAGAUGAGCAGCAAAACCGUCACCAGCGCCAUGCUUGGAGUCCUGCGGGAAGAUCCCAAAACCAGGGAGGAAUUUCUCGCCUUGAUCAAGAAUUAAACGACAGCAGCUUGCGGCUCUCUGUGGGUUUGGAUCCCACACUCGAAACCAGUUGCCAAGACGUAAUUGCCUUCUGUGAGCCAAGAAAAAAAGGUGAAAGCAAAAAGAAGAAGAAGAAGAAAAUAAAUAACUACAUCACAGCUUUGUUCUCACUUCUGGGUAACGCCUUAGAGUGUUGUUAAACAUUAGCUAGGUAGCACAAGCACUGAACUCCCAUUUUGCAGCAAAGAAAUCGGGUAUCCUUGAUAUGGCAGCAUCUUGUCACAUGCUGAGCCAAGGGCCUCUUUGCACCCUGCAUCUUCUAACCCUUUGAGAACAAAGCAAGAGAUCCAUCCUCUCCCGUGAGUUUUCAUGCACCACAAGAGCCGCACAUCUAAGCACAUAAAAUGUGAAUGCAAGAAAUGCUUGUUUGCAAAGGUGUGUUGUGUAGGUGCACUUAGGAUUGACUGCAGUUCUCUUCAUCAGCUGUACGCUCAGUGGAAGGUCCAGGUGUGGCCUGUUAUUCUAGUGCAGGUUAGGGGAACCUCAGGCCCAAAUGUAGCCCCCUAGGUCUCGUAUUUCCGGUUCUAGAAAGCCUGCCAGGCCCCUUUCCCCCAGGCCCCACUCCUUACUGGUGUCUUCCUUAGGUACUUUCCCCUUUGUGGCAUGAGAGCCUCACAUUUUUUUUUAAAGCACAAAUACCAGUCAAAAUACAUUUACCUUACAAACUUUUAUUGGUUUACU